AUGGAUGUCCUCCUCCACGUGGUGCAGACCGCAGCGGCGCCACCUGCCUCGGCAUCAUCGUUCUGUAGCGACCGCACACGGCGCGCGAGCCUCAACGCACCUGCCGUCCCGUCAGCAAGCAUUAGCAGCACUAGUUUCACUGUGGAAAGCUUGUGGCUCUCACACAGAGAGGCGCCGCUGGGCAGUAACGUUGCUGACCGGUGGAGCGUCGCUCUCUGCUCCCGUGGGGAGGACGAGAACGUCGAUGGCUUCGAUGGUGAUCCGCCGGUGUGUGUGUCUGCUGCCUCCCCGGGAUGCCCUCCAGCGUCACCGUCGUCACCCAUCCCCUCCAAUGUUGUGCGCAUCUCAGCCGCCUCCGUAGACAUAACCGAUCUCCGUGGGCGACGGCCACCCGAUGGCCACGCCACCAACUCCACCGUCAACUUAUUGUGUGAAAAGCUGCGUCAUUCGAAAGACGCGAUCGUCAGAGCAGGCAAUGCCGACACACCGCCGGUAGCACGCGCGGAAACCGUUUUCUUCUGCGGCAGUCGCCUCGGCACGCGCAAAGAUGCCCUCUACCUGACGGCGCUGCAUCGGCUCCUGGUGGAGUCGUUGCUGAUCGUGAAAGGCCGCGCCUUGUCCCCACCAUCACCGCCGCCGCUGGACGUGGAUGUCUCCCUUGUGGACUACGACGAAGGAUGGGGUGCAGGGGACGUGCUAGCCGCUGAGGUAGUCAGGGCCUCCGCAUAUGGCACACAAGAGCAGAGGAGCCAGAUUACGUGGAUGCCACUGGCGAACGUACUGGAGUAUGCCCCUCGGCCUAGAAGUACGAUGGCUGCCGCGUGCACCUCCGCCAUAACAAGGUCCGCCUCUCCGAUGGAACCGAGCGCCGACAGUGACUGGAGCGUUGUUCGGGUGGGGCAUCUUGUGCGACAGCGGUUGCAGGUGUGGUUCGACCGCAUCGACAGCGCCACGUCGGCAUUUCCUUCCGCGCCAGCGUCGCCGUUGUCGCCGCCCGCCGCGGCGGAUCGCCUGCGUCAUUUGGAGAGAAACGUUGUUCUCUUCACACUGCGACUGCGGAGCUACGCGAACUCAUCGACGCCAACCUUGCAGGCGCGGGUCAGCGCGGCGUACUUCACGCUUGUGUUGCUACCCGAAAACGGGGCGGCUCCGCCUUACGGAGAAGCAGGCGCCUCUGGCGCUGCAGAGGGCUUGUCGUCGUGUCGGGCGAGUGCCGCACUAUGGCACGAAUUCGAGGCACUCUCGGCCUUCAUGCGGUCUCUGCCGCAGGGUCGCCGUCGUCGCGAUGGUGAGGAACACAAGAGAAGCGGCGUCCAAGAGCGUGGCCGUGCCACGGCGGCAACUGUGCAAGGGAAAAUACGCGCCGCUGCACUUCGGCGCAGUCGGUGGCUGACCACCAUCGCCCGCAUCCAUAAUCCUCCGACACCGCUCAUGAGAACGCGGGUCACAGGCACGGGCGAGCGCGGUGUCGACGACGCUAUGGGUUGCUUUCUGAAAAACUCCACUGUGCGCUCGUUUUCGUGGAUUGGGUGCAUCGCCGCCGCUGCUAGCCAUCAGCGUGCAACGCGUUCGACUCUCGCCUUUCUCUCUCGUCUCCAGCCCUCGCAGACGGCACAGCGCGGGUGGCUGGCAUCUGUAGAGGAGCGCUCGUCUGAGAGCGCAGCGGACGCCCAUGUGGGUAGGCACCAUCACACACACAAGAACGCCGCGAACAACACGAACGAAAGGGUUGCACCGAAAGCCGAAGCAGCAUCGAGCAGCGUAGCCACCUCCACGCCACCGCUCCCCUCUCCUAGGCCCUCUGCGAAUGUGCCGCACCCGUACGCCUCUCCUCGUCUGCAUGGCGGUAGCGCGACGGACAUCAACAGUUCCGGAACGGUCUGGACGGCUGCUGCAUCUCACCUGCCGCCUGUCGACGAGCUCAGCAGUUCUGUGGUUCCUGUGGCUGCUCCGUCGCGAGUCGGUCACGCUCGUUGCGGAGCAGACAACGACGACGACGCUUUCGCUGCAGGUGCUGGUCACGAGCCAGCAUCUCGGUCUGCUGCAGUCGAUGCACUGAUCGCCUCCGUGCAUCUGUACGCGUCGGUGCUGGAGGAGGAGGUGCGGCGGCUGCGUCGCCGGCUCCAACGAUAUGAAGCGCCAUCUCGUGAUGGCAGAGGUAGCACUAGCGAGCCACCCGUCCAUUCGACGCUUCCAGAGGUACAAGGAUGCGAGUCGGCGAAUACAUCAAUCGGUCUCUCCACCCCUCACACCACUUCUCCAGGCAUCUGCGAUUCUCUUCCCCAGUCGGUACGAGCUGCCAUCGACGACCUUCGCACGGACGCGCGGUUCCCACAGGCGCUCCAUGUAAAGCUCGAUGCCCUGGCACAGCGACUGGCGAGCUUGUGCACAGCCGCCGUCCAGGCGCGGAGAGGCGGCGAUGCCGACCUGCCUACUGCGAUGCAGCAACGAAACGAGAAGAGCGACGACAGGGACGCCUAUGUCGCGCAGCUCGAGGCCAAGGUAGCUCUGUAUGAGCGAAAACUGGUCCUCAUGGAUUACUACGUGGCGCCAACACUGAUGCAGUGCGUCGAUGACUUGGAUCAGUGGCAGAAGCACCAGCACCGUCAGCAACGCACACGCGCCACUCGCACUGGAGGCAACUCUAAUCCCUCCACCACCGCAGCCAACGCUGCUUCCGAGGUGACACCGAUAAGGAGUGUCGGCGCAGCUGAUCAUGCAUUCCGCGCAUAA